UCAUUCGUCCCGCCUCGCAGGAACCGGCCGGAAGCGCCCCUGUCACGCGGUUCCGUGUUUUAGUUUUUUUACGCAAUUCCGCGGGUGGUAAGUGAAAUGUGUCGAUCGUGUCGCCAUGUGCCGAUGAGAUAGUUUUCCGUGUCUGUUCUGUGAUUUCGGAUGAUGGCCUUCCCAGGGAAUAACGUGCAUUGCAGAGGGAUAAAAUUGUCCAUCAACGCGAAGGAGAGAGAACCUAAGGAUUUAAGUGUGAAGAAUGGCGGGAAACCGCUGAGUUGGUGCAAUCUUCAAAAACGGGACCGGGGCGAGAGGCAAAAGCGAGUGAUGAUCGUGGAUCGGAAAAGGCGAAAACCCAGCUCACCAUUUUCCGAGGACAGCUGUGCUUCGGAUGACAUAGAGGCGUGCAGCAUCGGGAGUCCGCCCAGCCAUAUAGACACGACGUCUCCUAGAGUAUCUCCUUUGCCACCCGCAGUCAUUCCCAACGGAUACGUAGCGUGCGGCUGGUGCCAAAAAGUUGUCAAGUCGAAAGCGAUUAGUUUCAAAGCUGUCAACGGAGACAAAUCAUUCUGCUCGGAGGUUUGCUUCACUCAGUGUCGCAGGGCCAGCUUCAAAAGGAAGAAAACAUGUGAUUGGUGCAAACACGUUCGGCAUACAGUAAACUACGUAGAUUUCCAGGAUGGCGACCAUCAGCUACAAUUUUGCAGCGGAAAAUGCCUGAACCAGUACAAGAUGAACAUCUUCUGCCGCGAGACGCAAGCCCACCUGGACCUCCACCCACACCUGCAAGGCUCGGAGACAACGAAAACCAAAACGGCGAAUUCGACCAACCUCAUCACGCCGGACCUGUGGCUCCGGGACUGCGAGUCGGACUCCAGCCCAUCCGCCUCACCCUCGCCGCCUCCUCACCCACCCUCCCCGCCCACACCUCCAUGUGUACCCUCACCCCUAAUAGAGAUCAAGGUCUCCACCCCUUCGUCACCUCCAUCCUCCGCUACCCCAACCACGAGCGACCACGGCAUCAACCUACGGGUCCGAAAGGAGAUCCUCAACCGGAAGCGGAAGAAGGCCGAGGCCGAAUCUCCAGUCAAUCCGCCGCCUCCACUUCCCAACAACUUCUUCAACUUCAACCCCCACCCCGAGCGGCCACCCUUCAACCCGGAAGCCCUACAUAGGCCGCCCUUCAACCCCGAGGCCAUGCCUAGGCCGCCCUUCAACCCCUCCUUCCCGCACAUGUUCCCGCCUUUCCACCGCCCUAUGCGGCUGCCUCCGCCUCUCUUACCGAUCAACCGACCCUUGGUGCCGCCUCCACCCCCUCCCAGCCAACUGCUCCCCCCUCCUACGGUGCUAAUCCCCUACCCCGUCGCCCUGCCCAUCCCCGUCCCCGUGCCGAUUCCUGUGCCCAUCCCUAUUCCCCUGGAGGUCUUCGCCACCCUCCGGCAGAAGGAGGACAAGUCUAGUCAGCCCCCAGCGGAGAAGGUGCAGGUCAAGACGGAGCCCGUUUCACCUCCACCUACCGCCUGGCAGGAGGCGGAGGAGGAACCUGAGAAAAGACCGACCUCUAGAGCAUCUCUGGAGAAGCAGAAGACUGUCCCCGCACCGUGUAUCUAGUCAAGAUUUCAGGGUCGAGUUGCGUAGUCUGGGAGAUUUUUUUCGACGAAAUGAGGAGAGUUCGCUGUGUCAACGGGCUCCAAAGGUUGGGUGCGUGCAAAUAUCUGUGGAUUUACUGAUCAACUUUCUCAAAAUUUGAAGGAAAAAAACGCUCUUCGGCUUUGCUUAAUGUCCUCCUCCAAGUUCUCCAAGGUGAGGCUUCUAUGACCGUCUACCACCACAUCAUCAAAGAGACCAUCUCAAUAAUUUUUUUACCUUCUUUAUCUAAAGAAAGGUUUGAGAAUGUGUGUAGCAUUGUCAGUACUUUAGAUUAAAUAAUACAUGCUGACUCUCAAAAAACCCACCCACGAUGGUGAAACAUGAGGUUGUACAUGGUUGUAUCUUAGUUCAGCUUCAGAACUGCACUGAGGUAUGUGACCAAAAGAUUGCUAAGGAGGGUCUGAAUUUUUUUUCUUAGAAACUUCGUGGUGGUUAAAUUUGCUCUACCGGCGGGCCGAUUUUUGAAACUUAUAGACAAAGCUAUAGACAAACACGACAAAAGGGAUUUGGAGGGAUUCUAUUGGUGGAAGCAGGUGGUGGUAAUG